CACACCGGUUUGUCAAACAGGUUUGUCCUGUGCUGUAAAGCUGCUUGAAACACACUGUAGGUUAGCACAUUGUGUUCGCUGGGCUACAACACAAAGAAACCCAGGUGAGACUCAGGAGCUCAACACAAACUGUGAAGGAAGUCCAAAUGUCAAGGAAUUAGAUUUCAGCUGAGUUGCUGAAGUUCAGUCUCUUCAAAUGUGCCAUUAAGAUGAUCAUGAGAGAACCAUACAGCAGCACAAACAAGCACUGAGGAGAAAACAGCUUUAAUUCCAAGGUGGCUCAGGAAGUGGACAAGACACGACUGCUAGGUCACAAAAUGCCUGUGGAAAGGCUUCAACAUUCAGUGAGGCAACCAACAAAGACUGCUGUCGCUCCUGCACCCCCGCGCUUGCGGCCCAAGGGGCCAGUGGGGCCAGAUUUCUACCGGAGGUACCCGAUGACUCCGGGCAGACCAAAGCAGAGUGCUGUGGAGAGACUGGAAGCAGACAAAGCUAAAUAUGUCAAGAGUCAGGUAGCUCUUACCAAGCAGCAGCCAAUCAGGCCUUCAGAAGUGCGGAAUCCCCUGCUCAGCCCCAGCUCUGCCCCGUGGCCCAUCAGAAAGACCCCGGUACCAGAUAAAGCAAAGCAGGAAGGAGUCCAGCUUGAUGUGGAGCACCUGAGUAACCUCAUCAGUGGAGUGCAUGAUACACCCCAGUUCAAUGCAACUGUAAAGUCAAAUGACAGUAAACCUCCUGGUUGUGCUGCAGCUGCACACAGUUCUCCCUGUCCUACUCCUCCAGGAGCACAACAGAAAAAGGAGAGACCAUGUCCACCUCCACGCCCUAAUUGGUCCAGUGCAGCUAAAGUGAGAUUAAAAGCAUCUGGAUCUGCUGAGGUAGAAAGCACAAGCUCUCCUGGGCCUCCAGUUUCAGGGACAGUACGCAGAGUGGACGUGGUGCCCCAGGCCGGCCUUGUGAGGACUGCCGUUAGGCAACCUCAGGUCAUUCGACGGCCCCUUCAACCAAUUUUUUUACAGUCCAAGUUGCCACACUGCCCAGCUGCUUCAAAUCUGCGUCUCUUUCACCCUAGAACAACACCAGGUCCUUCUCCUCGGAAACCAGUCGUCGUUCCAUCAAAACCUGAUACCUCUUCCACUUCUUCAGCGAAGUCGCCGGUUCCUGCUCCACCUCCCCCAAGCAUCCCUGUUUUACCUCCUCCCUCCCCAGCAAUUACCCGUUUGUCUUCCACCAGCUCCAGGAAACGCCCUUCUCUGACCCGGUCUAAGUCAGACAUGAGCGAUCGAUACUCCCGAGCUGGGACAGACCUGGAGCGCUUCUUCAACCUGUGCGGCUUGGACCCUGCAGACCUGCAGGAGCUGACAGGAUCUGGCUCUGACAUCGUUUCCAUGGCUCGUUUUCGCAGCGUGAGCGCUCCGGGGUCCGAGUGUGCGGGCUCUGACAGAGAAGGCGAGGAUGACGAGGAUGAUGAGGAGGCUGGCAAAGCUGCAGGUCGUGUUCCCUAUGGUGUUUCUGUCAUUGAGAGAAAUGCACGAGUGAUCAAAUGGCUCUAUGGAAUCAAGCAGGCCAAGGACAACACAACUAAGAGCACCAAUUUAUAGGCUGGUGUUAAACAUAUAAGCUUUAAAUUAAAAAUAAAAAUGUCAGCUUUACUUUUUUUUCCAGCACAAACUUUAGUUUGGCAUGAAGUGAUGGUGCCCUAUUACUGAGCUGCCAUUACACCGAGGAAUGUGAUAUUAAUGGGGAAGUAUUUAAGAAAUCCACUGUGAGUUGAUUUUCUUAAUUUUUUUUCCCCAAUAAUUAGAUCAUUUGAGCCAUAAUAUUUGUUCUGGAAGUUUUUCUUGUGUUAUGUUGACGAAUGCUGUGCUUAUUUGCAAAUGAUUACUUGUGUGUGUCACGAUCGGGCCUGUUUGACAAUGAAGUGACAUCUCAGUGGUUAAAAAUAACUUUCUGCUGUGAAUGGAUGCCAUUAAAGAGCCAAUUCUGCAAGAAUGUGGUUUGGUUCUGCCUGAAUGAAUAACAAUAAUUUAAUAAUCAAAAAUAUCAUAAAAUGUAAGAUUUUUCUAUUGAAGGACUAAGUACACAGUUGGCCUCAGACCCAGCAGACAACGUUUUUUAUAGACCCCGUGCAUUGUUGCCCACCUACUCGGUCAGAAACAGGCAGAAACAAGCUUCCAUACUUUCUAGUUUUACUUUGAUACCCGUUUCAACAAGACUUACCUGCAUUUCACUGAUGCUCCACAAGAGGUCACAGCCAUCCAUACUAACAUUAUUUCAGCACACCAGUACAGAAUUAAUCUGCAAUUACUUACUGAUAAUACAGUGAAAGCUGUGGCCUUUUCCCAGACUCCCAGAAUUGGAACUCUUAUGAAAAUACGGAGGCCUUUCAUUUUUAAUGUAAAAGGUACCUCGACACUUAAUCUUAAUUUUAAUAUAUUUAAAACACAUUCCAUAAGUUUCUCAUUUCAAACAGAUUUGCAGGAAGCAGCACAAUCCCUGGUAGUUUACAUGCGUUGCUGUUGAGCCACCUUAUUUGUCCUUAGGUAUGAGCUUGUAGACUGAAUAAGAAUACUCCUAUUCCACACAAAAGAGCCGUUGAAGCAGAGUCCAAUUUCAAACAAGUGGGAUUUAGCUGCGUGUACAGGGACAGCGUUACACGUCCAGUGAUACUCAAGUGACAUUAUUCCUCCUCACAUCAAGAAUGAGUUGCCUUAAGAAUUUUUCAAACCAGUUACAAACAUUUAAAAACAAUUUAUUAAAGCAAAACACAAACAGGAACUCGUGCAGAGAGGAUCAGCAGGGGGUAAGGAACCUUUUUCUUCUGCUUUUUCUUCUUUGCAUUCACAUUUAAACCCUUUAAUUGAAGUUGGAUAAAUUCUACAGUAUAGAAUGCAUUUGUUUGCAUUUUCAAGUGUUUUUGUGGUCCCUCAUAGUUAUAGUAUCCCAAUUUUUCCUUGAUUGUUAUCAUUAUUAUCAGUAUCUCUGAACUCAGUGUAUUAGUUUUGUCCUCUCAAACUUAUGCUGGUGAAUUAAAAACUUUUUAUUCACUGAGUAGCAGCAAGCUCCUGUAUUUCUUUCAACGCUUGUGUCAAACCUGCAUUUGUUAAGUCACAUGCAAAAGUACAUUUUCUCUUUCUUACUCCUUUUUUGUC